GGCUUGGCUGGUUCCGCGCCAGCUACUGCACCGGCGCCGCUCCCCGAGCUGGAGCCGCGGGAGAGUCCGGAGGCCGCUGCGCCCAGGGACACAGCGGGCCUGAGCCCCCCAAGGCAGCGUCCCCCGCUCGGAUCGGCCCCCGGGGGCAGCUCGCCAAGGCGGGUGUGGACACGAAGGGCCGGUGGCCGCCCGGCUCCGCGGAAGCAGGGACACAAAGGCUGGGCGUGUGCGCGCUGCGGGGGCGGAUCCGCUCCCUGAGCCGGGGCCAGCCUGCCCGGGGCGCGCAGCUCCGCGGCUGAACCCCGCCGGGGGAGGCGCGAGGAGCCAGUGUCGGGGGCAGAGCCGCCCCCUGGGGCUUCCCGGCUUUAGGGCCCGGCGGGGCAGCCCCGCUUGGCGGGGGGCCCGGACCCGCGGCGCCUGCCCCCGCCUGGCCCCCCGGGCGCCAUGGCCUGCAGCCUGAAAGACGAGCUGCUCUGCUCCAUCUGCCUGAGCAUCUACCAGGACCCGGUGAGCUUCGGCUGCGAGCACUACUUCUGCCGGAAAUGCAUCACGGAGCACUGGGUCCGGCAGGAGCACCAGGGCGCCCGCGACUGCCCCGAGUGCCGCCGCACCUUCGCCGAGCCCACGCUGGCGCCGAGCCUCAAGCUCGCCAACAUCGUGGAGCGCUACGCGGCCUUCCCGCUGGACGCCAUCCUGAGCGCGCGGCGCAGCUCCGCGCCCUGCAAGGACCACGAGAAGGUCAAGCUCUUCUGCCUCACGGACCGCGCCGUGGUCUGCUUCUUCUGCGACGAGCCCGCCGUGCACGAGCAGCACCAGGUCACCAACGUGGACGACGCCUUCGAGGAGCUGCAGAGAGAACUGAAGGAGCAGCUCCAGGCACUGCAGGACAGCGAGCGCGGCCACACGGAGGCCCUGCACCUGCUCAGACGCCAGCUAGCCGAGACCAAGGCUCAAGGGAAAGAUCCAUGAAACAAACCUCACCUAUGAAGACUUUCCUACCUCCAAAUACAUGGGCCCCCUGCAGUACACGAUCUGGAAAUCGCUCUUCCAGGACAUCCAUCCGGUGCCAGCAGCCCUCACGCUGGACCCUGUCACAGCUCACCAGCGCCUCAUCCUCUCGGAUGACUGCACCAUCGUGGCCUACGGCAACUUGCACCCGCAGCCGCUGCAGGAUUCACCCAAGCGCUUUGACGUGGAGGUGUCGGUGCUGGGCUCAGAGGCCUUCGGCAGCGGCGUGCACUACUGGGAGGUCAUCGUCUCGGAGAAGACCCAGUGGAUGAUCGGGCUGGCGCAUGAGGCUGUCACCCGCAAGGGGAGCAUUCAGAUCCAGCCCAGCCGUGGCUUUUACUGCAUCGUCAUGCACGACGGCAACCAGUACAGCGCCUGCACCGAGCCCUGGACCCGGCUCAAUGUUAAGAGCAAGCUGGAGAAAGUAGGUGUCUUCUUGGACUAUGACAAAGGGCUCCUGAUCUUCUACAACGCUGAUGACAUGUCGUGGCUGUACACCUUCCGGGAGAAGUUCCCCGGCAAGCUCUGCUCGUACUUUAGUCCUGGCCAGAGCCACGCGAAUGGCAAGAACGUGCAGCCACUCCGCAUCAACACCGUCCGGAUCUAGGAGGGAGCAGGGAAGGGAGCCUGGAGCCGUACAGCUCCCUCCGGGCCGGCAGGCUGAGUCGAGAGUCCCUGCUAAGACAGUUCCCACCUACUCCUUCCUGCAGGGCAUGGGGAGAUUGUCAGGCUCCAGGGCUGUGCUGUUCCUAGCUCGGACCUCCUGGCAUUAUCCGGGUGUGGGAGGGUGCAGGGCUGGGGCAGGGGGUUGUGGCACUGUUGGUAUUUCAGUAUGCGAGGAUGCAGCAUUCCUGCCUCCCUGUCUGCGUCAGUUUCCAGACUAACCCAAGGAUCCGGGCUGAGUAUUGACAUACAACUGGCUAUCCCUGGCAUGAUCCCGGCAUCGCCAUGGCCACUCUGCCAGGAUGGAUGCAGACUGGACUCUGUGCUGGCAUGGAGCAGAGAUCAGGGCACCUUGCAGAGCUGCUACUGAGCUGCUGUGUGGUAUCUCAGCUCACCUGUGAGCUCCCAGCUGGGUUUGCUCCUGGGGACAGAGCAUGAACUAUCCUCCACAGGCCUAGUGACCUGGCAGCAUCUGCUCUUAGUAUGUGUUACAUUGGCAUUCAGGGGCCCAAGGAUCAUUAAUGAUCUGGAGGAUGGCUUGGACUGCACCCUCAGCAAGUUUGCAGAUGACACUAAACUGGGAGGAGUGGUAGAUACGCUGGAGGGUAGGGAUAGGAUACAGAGGGAC